AAUAUAAAAUUAAUUUUUUUUUAAUUAAUAUUUAAAAAAUAAUUCGAAUAUAAUCACAAAAUGUGCAUUAAAAUUAAUAAAAAUAAAAAAGUGUUCAUACUAAAUAUUUAAUUAAUUAAUUAUAUAAAAACAAUAAAACAAAUUUAAUAAAAUAAUUAAAAUUUUUAAUAAAUUAAAUAUUAAAUACUUUAAAAUAAAAUUAUUAAUUAAAUAAUAAAAAACAAAGAGAAAAAAUAAACAAAACAAAUUCAUAAUGUAUAAGAAAAAAUCGAAUAGAACUCAACAAAAAAAUCAUUUUAAUAAAUUAUUAUUAAAAAAUGAAAAAUCAGUUAUAAAAACAAAGAAAAAAUAUAAUUUUUUCUUAUUUAAUAAAAAUUUAUCACAUUUUUAUUCAUUAUUAAUAUUUUAUAUAAUAAGUAGUUGUUAUUUAAAUAAUAAUAAUAUUUUUAAUAAUAAUAAUAAUCAAUUUUUUAUGGUAAAUGGUUUUAAUUUAGAAAAUCGUUUACCAAUUAUUAAAUAUGGUAAUAAAAGUACAUAUUUUGGAUAUUCAGUUGCUGAACAUGUUGUUGGUGAACGUAUCGAUCCAAGUAAUACAAAAUGGUAAGUUAACAUUUUGAAUACAAUUCAAGUUGACUUUGCAUAUCUUAAAAAGUACAAUUCCAUUACAAUACAACAAUUAUAUAAUUUUCGGUAAGUGAAAAUUUUAAAAUUUUAAUAAAUUCUAACCAAUAAAGUACUUUAACCAAAGAAACCUACAUUCAAUUUUUUCUA